GUUUAGCAUUGGCCCCCUGCGCGCCGGCCCGCCGGGUACCGACUCUCCUCAGGUGCGGCGGGCGGCAACCACGGAGACCCUCAGCGAGCGGGUGGAGGCGGACAGAGCCGGCUCCGACGUGGCUUCGUGGCACAGCCCCUGCAGCUUCCCCAGCUCAACAGUGAACACUUAGUCCGACGUGUCUCCCAGGCAUGAGGAACACCGGCAAGGAACAGCAAGGAGCCACGAACCGCUAUGCUCCCUGCGACUGGUAUUACCACCUUCCGGUGAAGCGGUCUGAGAAAGUAGACGCCCCACCAGCAUCCCAGAUCCCAGGUCUCAGCCAACUGAGAGACACACCCAAUGGGAACCCAUUUGGGACACGGAGGUACUGGAUCAAAGAAACAGACUCAGAGUAUGUGAAGCUGGCAAAGCAAGGUGGCCGGCCUGAUCUGUUGAAGCACUUUGCUGCCGGGACCAGGAAGGGCUCCCCAGUUGCCUACUCCCUGCCAGAUUGGUACAUCCACCACAGCAAGCCGCCCACAGCCAACCAGCGACAAGUCCCUGCUGUCUCCAUGCCAGAUUACAUGGUUUAUGAAGAGUUUAACCCCGAUCAGGCCAAUGGGAGCUAUGAGUCCAAAAGAGGACCCUUUGACUUUGACAUGAAGACAGUUUGGCAACGAGAAGCUGAUGAACUGGAGGAGAAAAAAAAGGUGAGGCUGCCAGCUAUUAACUCAAAGAAUCCAAGCAAAGUGGGGACCCCACUUGGCCCCAAAGACCCUACAGGAAGUCGACUCUCUUUUCCUCCCAUGCCUGGUCAUAAAAACAGUUCACCCACAAACUUUUCCAAACUUAUUAGCAAUGGUUAUAAGGAUGAGUGGUUACAGCAGCGAACUGAUUCAGAAAAGCGGACCCCGCAGACGUCCCGAGUGUCAGCAACAUCCAGAACGUCGACAUCGACUAAGUCCACCCAGGACCCGGAAGAGCAAUUGGAAGAAGAGCCAGCCCCAGACCCAGAGGCUCCAGAAGGCUCUGAGAAAGCCCAAGAGUCUUCACCUCCAAGUCCUGCAGCAACUUCAUCUGCAUCAACACCAGCAGAGCUCAAAUAAACGCUAAUUGAAUUGUCCUUAGGAUCAUUUUCUAAUGAUUUAAUAUAAUUUACUAUGUUACAGCUAUAUUUAUAAGACUCCUGUUAUAGUUUAUUAAUACAGAUUCUUAUGAACUAACUAAUCUUAUAGCCGACUUGACACCACUGUUGCAUAGAUGGUACAAGUGUUGGGCUUUUGUCUCUCACAUUUCUCUGAGAUGUUAAGCAUGUGGGCUCUGGGAUGCUUUGCCUUGCUAGCUUCGGGAUGUUCCAGUGUCUCGGAACCAACUGCUUCCUCUCUAUGGUCAUCUUCCUCCUCUGUUGGUGGCAUUUGUAUUGAAAUUAAUUACUUAGAUACUUUACUAGAAGAAGCUAAGAAAACAAACUUUUAGCCUUUUCCAUUAUUUGGUCCUGUAAUCUUUGUAGAAAUAAUUUUUGUUACAAAAUUUUAAUUUAAUUCCAGAAUAUUGUGAUGCAGUUUAUAUUAAGAAAUACUAAUUUAUUAUGUCUUGAAGUUUUAAACAUUAUAAAAACAU